GCAAGCUCAUCAAUCCAUCAAUCAUAGUUGUAAAUUAUUUUAUUCUCUCUCCAUCUUUUGUAUUUAUUCAUACUGCGACGACGGUGAAAUUGGGAUUUCAUAAUUCAGCAAUUCGUUCGUUGAAAUCGAACUCCCCAAUUCCAGUGAUCAAACUUUUUGGCCGGAAAAGAUGCAGAUUUAUCCCUAAUUUUUGAUAAAUUGUUGUCUUCUGCUGAGCAAAUCCAAUCCUUGGGGACCAAACAAGGAAGUUCUAAUCUUAUUUGUGAAGAUGUAUCAGCCUGUGGCUACAGCCACAACCUCCCGUGGUGGAACUCCGACGGAAAGCGGUGAUUACGUUGUGACUUUGGAUCAAAUCCCCAGGUGGAGUGAUGUCGAGCAGAGGUCUUCUCUCGAAUGUGAAACCGGAGGAGAUUCGGUAUUUUCUAAUUCGUGCUUUGCAAACCCUUUGGCUUCAUCUUCUAAGGCGGAAAGUAGCGGAAAUGGAAAUGGGAUGUUAUCCAAGUUUCCGGUUGAUCACGAGAUAAACUCCAAAAUAUACUUGUGGAGAGGAGAACCAUGGAUCCUUGAGGUCGAUGCAGUCGUAAACUCAACAAAUGAGAAUUUGGAUGAGGCGCAUAGCAGUCCUGGUUUGCAUGCCGCUGCUGGACCUGGCCUUGCAGAAGAAUGUGCUACCUUGGGCGGAUGUCGUACUGGGAUGGCAAAAGUGACAAAUGCCUAUGACUUACCUGCGAGGAAGGUUAUCCAUACAGUAGGUCCCAAGUAUGCUGUAAAGUAUCAUACAGCCGCUGAGAAUGCUCUAAGUCACUGCUACAGAUCGUGUCUGGAGAUUUUGAUUGACAAUGGGCUUCAAAGCAUUGCUAUGGGCUGUAUAUACACAGAAGCGAAAAACUAUCCCCGGGAACCAGCUGCUCAUGUUGCCAUAAGGACUGUUCGUCGGUUUCUAGAGAAACAGAAGGAUAAAAUCAGUGCUGUUGUUUUCUGUACCACGACAUCUUCUGAUACAGAGAUAUAUAAAAGAUUACUUCCACUUUAUUUUCCUCGAGACAAACAUGAGGAAGAGGUUGCCAUUUCAAAGCUCCCAGCUGAUGUUGGGGAUGAAAAUGGGGAGACGGCUGUUGACGAACGUAAAAUCAGAAUACAGGCCCUGCCAAAUAAACCUAAGACCAAAGCAGCCCCAGACCCAGUUGAACGUCCAGUCACUGAUCUCGCCUUGGUACGAAGGAACUCGCAUUUUCUGGAUUCAUACUUGGAUCCCACCUUCAUGUCCUUGAUUAAAGAUCCAGAUGAGAGGCGUAAAGAGCAAUGGGAGAAAACUGCAAGAGCGCAAAGUGGAUUCAAUUUUGUUAAAUUGCUAGGAUUCGGUGAUCUUGGUGGACCUUCUCUUUCUGCUGCAGAGGAAUACUCACUUCAUUCACGAUACCUUGCUAAAGCUAAUGCUCUUAACUUUUCGGAAAUCGCAGAGAUGAAAAUUGUCUACCGUGGUGGUGUUGACAGUGAGGGCCGUCCUGUAAUGGUUGUUGUAGGAGCACACUUUUUGCUCCGAUGUCUUGAUCUUGAGCGUUUUGUGCUUUAUGUUGUAAAGGAAUUCGAACCUGUGAUACAAAAGCCUUACACUAUUGUCUACUUCCAUUCUGCGGCUUCCUUACAACUCCAACCGGAUCUAGGAUGGAUGAGAAGAUUGCAACAAAUACUUGGUCGGAAACACCAGCAUAACCUUCAGGCUAUCUAUGUUCUUCACCCGACCUUCCACUUGAAAGCCACAGUCUUUGCACUACAGAUGCUUGUGAACAAUGUGGUCUGGAAGAAGGUUGUAUACGUUGACCGGCUUCUGCAGCUGUUCAAAUACGUUCCCCGUGAGCAGCUGACGAUCCCAGAUUUCGUUUUCCAGCAUGAUUUGGAAGUGAACGGAGGAAAAGGUCUGAUCGUGGAUCCAAGAACAAAAUAUGUCUAUCAACGGCCAUAAAAGAAAAGAAAAACAAGAACCAUCUGUUAUUGGCUUUCAGCUCUGUUGCUUUUUCUAUGUGACAUAGAUCCUCCAUUCUUUCGUUUCUUCUGAUGCGAAUAAGUGUCUCUUAGCUUUAAUAUGUAUUUGUAUGAUAUACGUAUCUGGGAUCUCGUCUAUUAAUUCAUUUCGUAUGUAACA